AUGCAACUGAUUUUUAGAAUUAUGGCGAAACUUGACGACUUUUUGGGAAAGAAGAAAGAAACUGCGCCCAUUUUGGACUUGUCGAAAAGUGUAGCGAACAAUCAAGAGGAGUUUAAGAGACUUUUUGAAAAGGUGCCCGAUUUUAAGAUCAAGCAGGAAAAGGUUCACAUCGAAAGUGUUAAAAUUCGAGAUAAGAAGUUUAAAUUUAAGUCGGGGAAAAAAGAUGUGAAAGCGAUGAAGGAACCGUACACUUUUCUAGACCCUCUACCGAAAGAAAUGCGAAAUUUGAAAAUUAGUGAACUGGCAGCCGUGCCAAUCGAUUGGAAAAUGCUAACGACGGUGAGGCCCAAAAGCAAGGUGGAGGAAAACUAUUUUUCGAGAUUGGUCGAAUUAAAAAAACUGGAAAACAAAACGCGCGCCUUCGAGAAGCGCCAAUACUCCCUCGACCCCCAAAUCCGUAAAACAAAAAACAAAUCUGGGGUUGUGGAACUACGAGUAGUGUCUUGUAUCGACUGUGGCGAAGAUUUUUGUGACGGUAAAGCGUGCAGUAAGUUCACUUACGACUCGUUCGCUCGAACUCCCGAAGUGAUUAAAAUCGCUCAAAAACUCAGUCCUGAAUCCAAAGCCGACAAACCCAAACGCAAAUUCAAACGUAAACCUCGCUCCAAGAGCAAAACCAAACGCAAAAGUAAAUCGAAAUCACCAAAGAAGAAAUAAUUUCAACUCGUAUUAUAUUUAAAAUUAUUUAUACAAAUACAAAAAAAAAACUAACCUAGCUACAUUUACAAUGAAAUAAAUAAAUUAUU